GAAAAUCAGUACAAACCCUAACCAUCCCGAAUCUCCCUCGGAGUAGAAUUGUACGGAGUAUAUUUUAUCUUUCUUGAGCAUACAAAAGGAGAACCGAUAGAACAAUCUAAAAUCAAAGAAUCCACGAAUCUCCUUCUUUAGAUCAGCUUUGGCGAAACUUCAGAAAAUGGAAGGUGUAGAGCACAAAACAGUGUCGGUAAAUGGAAUAAACAUGCAUUAUGCUGAAAUAGGUAAAGGCCCUUUAGUCCUUUUCAUUCAUGGCUUCCCAGAAUGCUGGUAUUCAUGGCGGCACCAAAUGUCAUUCAUGGCUAACCACGGAUACCGCGCCGUAGCUCCGGAUUUACGCGGCUACGGCGACACGGCCACCGGAGUACCUAAUAAAGAUGAUCCUAGCAAUUUCACAACCCUAAGUAUUGUUGGUGAUUUAGUGGAGCUGUUGAAUUCUAUUGCACCACAAGAGGAGAAGGUGUUUGUUGUAGGGCAUGAUUGGGGUGCUGUUGUUUCUUGGGCUCUUUGUUUGUAUAGGCCUGAUAAGGUUAAGGGUUUUUUCUGCUUGAGUGUUGCUUUCAAUCCCAGAAACCCUAUGAAGAAACCACUUGAGACUUUGCGUGCAGUUUAUGGAGAUGAUUACUAUGUUGUUAGAUUCCAGGAGGCUGGAGUAAUAGAAGCUGAGUUUGAGGAGAUAGGUGUGAAGAAUGUUUUAAAGAAGUUUUUCACAUAUAGGGAACCAGCUCCUCUUUACUUUAAAAAAGGAAAAUCAUUUGGAGAUAAUCCUCAAGUAGAGCUGCCUUGUUGGUUAUCAGAGGAAGAACUUGAUUUCUAUGCUACCAAAUAUGAACAAACUGGCUUCACUGGAGCACUCAACUUUUACCGAGCAAUAGAUCGAAAUUGGGAGCUUACAGGAGCAUGGACAGGGGCUAAAAUCCAAGUACCAGUGAAGUUCAUUGUAGGUGAGCUUGACCUUACUUAUAAUGCUCCUGGCACAAAAGAUUAUUUACACAAAGGAGGUUUCAAAAAACAAGUGCCUUUGUUAGAGGAAGUUGUGGUUUUAGAAGGAGUUGGACAUUUUAUCCACGAAGAAAAACCAAAAGAAAUUAAUGACCAUAUUUACAACUUUAUUCGCAAGAUUUCAUCCUCUAAUCAAUCCAAGUUCUGUGCUAUUCUGUAGAGUUUCUCUUCUUUUUUUUCCUCCAUUUUUUGAGGUUGUAUUAAAUGUGUUUGUUUGCUAAGUUUGUAAUGUGUGCCCAUAAUGUUGACAACCAGGUGAGCUUUAUUUUGUUGUUCUUUAUUGAAGAUGGAGUUUUCUUGCA